GGCGGCCGGGCGGCCGGCGCGCGCGGGCCGGUGGCGGCUGUGGCGGGCCCGCGCGGCGCCUCGGGCCUCGGCGCUGGGGCGGCGGCCGGGCCGGGCCGCGCCGGGCCGGGCCGGGGGAGCGGGCGGUACCCGGGACAGCGGCCCGCGGGCGAGGGGGCUGCCCCUGCCCUCUCCUGGAAGCCCGAAAAGCGCAGCGGUGUCGGCAGCGCGGAAGGAAGCACGAGCGCAGAGGAUGAGAAGUCAAACGACAAGACAGGCCCACAAAGAACUUUGCUUAAGGCAGACAAGCAAUUGCCAAAACCAACCUCUGGGAGCUCUCUGAGAAGGAAUGAUCAAACGUUGCUGUGUGAUUGCAUCCACUACUGCCAGAAUCUGCAGGUUUCCUAUAUAUUUUGGUCUGCAUUUAUGAUUGGAGGAGUGUUUCAUGCUCUCAGUGUGGGAUAGAAAAGACCAGGUGACACACGUGCUCUAUCUUCAACCCUUGAAAUACAGAUAGGCAAAUAAAUACAGUCUGGAACUUUUCCAGAACAUGUUCAAUUGAAUGCAAAGCUGCUUCCUGAUGUGCUCAGCAAUAUGGAGUCCACUGCUGGCUUGGAAACCAAUCUGGUGAUUGACAGUUUCUUAAAUGGUGUUGAUGGAACAGUGACUGCCCUAUUUUCUGAAACAGUGGUUGCAAAUACAACUAUCAAGUUAAUUCGUCAUUUAUACAAAAGCUGACUCCACAUACACUAUCAAUGGGAUAUCUUUUUUAUUCAAGGGAAGCAGCAAUGACUUGCCUCUUAGAAGAUAUACCACCACAGUAACAAUCUCUUUGGAUUUCGUUCUACAUAUGUCUCAUUUUAUCAACUGAGCCUUUGAUUGAAAUAUAGAAAAAUUAGGAAGUAACAGCUAUGUGAAUUGUCAAAAUCUAUACUUAAUAUUAUCUCUAUUGUCUAAGUGCAAAAAUCCUAAUGCCUUUAAAUACUAAGUGACAUAAAAUAACGUGUUUAUACAUGCUGAAUUUGUUAAGGGUGGAGUUGUAAAUGUGGAAUAUUCUUGUUUUGUUAAUUUGAAGAUGAUAAUGUUAUACAUAAUGAAAGUGGUCCUUAGAGGUUAGUUUAUGUUUGAAGGGUUCAGUAGGAGGAGUUCAUGUCUUAAAAGAAAAAAUGUAUGGAUGAGAAACUGAAAAAGGAAACAAAGGUAAAGAAGUAAAGAACAAUUUCUCCACCCCAUCAUGAAACAAAUAGUAUUAAAUAUGUUGUAAUUUAGUUACAUAAAAAACAGAGUUCAGGACCUAAACUUCUUGGGGAAGCACGGUUUAGGAGCAGAGCAGCAGCAGCCUGCUUGCUGGCUCCCUGGGGAGGAGUGCCUUGUAUCACUUCUGGCUGACAGGCAGAGCCGCGCUGCCAGCUUCCGGGGGGAGCUGUCUUUAGCUCUCUUAAGACCCAGUCUUGCAAACGCUUAUGCACAUGAGUAAUUUCAACUUCCAUCAGUAAACUUAUUCAUGUGUUUAAGUUUUUUGCAACGGUGGUACAAUGCCAGGCCCAAAUCUGAGACUGCUAGUCAAUAUGAUAAAAUGAAAGAAAUUUGCCUGUGCUUUUCCUUCCCCACCAUGUCAAAAUUUAUAAUCUAAGCAAUCUAGUUUAUGCUAUAUUUUUAUUUCCCAAUUUUGACUGAAUAUUUUUGAACUCCUUGAAUCUAUUAUAAUUUUCUUUAAAUAAAUGAAUGAUUGCCACAAUCUCAAGCAUAUGGUAAAGAUAAAACAGUUAAAGGCUUGCCUGUGAUUUUAAGACCUUUAAUACUUCACAGUAAUUUCUGUUAUGAGGUAGGGUACUUUUCAGAGGCCAUUGUUUUUCUUGUCAUGUCUAUAAAAUUGUGGAGAAGGCUGAACAAAGGAAACUGAGAGAACACACUGACAAUUGUCAUCUUACUUAUGUCUUGAUACUUUUCUGCAUUUAAUUUGUUUGCAGUGAUUUGUUCAAUUUGUAACUUCCGGAGAAAACUGAAGCUUUUAACAGAUUUGUAUUUAGUUCAAGUCUAUAAAUUUCAAUUUCAAAGCCUGUGCUACCUUUUAAAGAUUGUGAGAGUUUACAUUUGAUCAAAAAUGUUCAGCUCUGCAGACAUGGCCUUUUCAUUGGAUAAUUUCUUUUACGAAAGACCAGAUACAAAACAAGGAUACCUAGAAAACGAAGAGCCAAAGAUGUGGUAUAUUGCACCUGCUCCGGCUAUUACUGAAAUUCCAUCUGCAGAGGAGUUACAGAAAGAACUGGAGAAAAACACAGUCUACAGUCAUACGGGGGAGACACAGCACCAGAAGUCUAUACAACAGUGCAAGAGAAAUACUGAGGAAGUAAAUGAUAAAUCACAAGCACCUGUAAAUUUUAGUAUAGCUUCUGAAAAAGAAGUGUUCCACUUAAGUUUAGGAGAAAGGAAUAAAACUAAUUUUCAGUGUGAAAGUCUGAAAAUGGUUUCAUCAUUUCUGUCUUCUGACCAAGAUAAAUAUAAAAAGGGAGUUGGAGCUUGUCAGCAACCUGGUGCAAAUAUUUCACAAAAUAAAAUAUUAUUUAAUUUUCCAGACAACAGUGAUGAUGAGAGUAUCCAUUCAGCAUUAAGGAAAAGAUUAUUUAAAAUAUCUGAAUUUAAAGAUAGUUCGAUUGAUAUGAAAGAAAUUGGUACUUAUUUGAAAACAAGUGAAAACAUGAGAGAGAUGAAAAAAGGAGACUUACAGAGAUAUAAUCAUCAUAUUCAGAUAACUAAAGACUCAGAUUUUACCCUACAUAGGGUAAAUGAUGGUGACUUUGCUCCUAAAAGUGGAAUUAAGAUAAAAUCAUUUUCUAAUGCUUCAAAGAUUCUGGAUAUGAAAGGAACUGCAGAAAGAAGUUUGGAAAUUUUGAGGGCUGUUACAGAAAUCCCGACCCAAUUUAGAAGUAUUUUUAAAGAGUUUCCCUAUUUUAACUAUGUACAGUCUAAAGCUUUGGAUGAUCUUCUUUAUACAGAUAGGAAUUUUGUGAUUUGUGCUCCAACUGGCUCUGGUAAAACUGUAAUGUUUGAGCUAGCUGUUACCAGAUUACUUAUGGAAACCCCAAUGCCUUGGUUAAAUACUAAAAUUGUUUACAUGGCUCCAAUAAAAGCUCUAUGCAGUCAGCGUUUUGAUGACUGGAAAGAAAAAUUUGGACCCAUAGGACUCAGCUGUAAGGAACUGACAGGAGAUACAGAGAUGGAUGAUCUGUUUGAAAUACAGCAUGCUCACGUUAUUAUAACUACACCUGAGAAGUGGGAUAGCAUGACUAGAAGGUGGAGAGACAAUUCUAUAGUCCAGCUUGUACGACUGUUUCUCAUUGAUGAGGUGCAUGUUAUAAAGGAUGAAAGCCGUGGCGCAACAUUAGAAGUUGUAGUCAGUCGGAUGAAGACUGUUCAGUCUUCUCUUUUGCGUCUUUCAGAGAAUCGUGACACUGUUCCUUCCUUGAGAUUUGUAGCUGUUUCUGCAACAAUCCCAAAUGCUGAAGAUAUUGCAGAAUGGCUUUCAGAUGGUAAGAUGCCGGCUGUAUGUCUAAAAAUAGAUGAAGAUCACCGACCUGUGAAGCUACGCAAAGUUGUUCUUGGUUUUCCAUGCAGUGACAAUCAGACAGAAUUCAAGUUUGACUUAACUCUUAACUACAAGAUAGCUAGUAUUAUACAAACAUAUGCUGAACAAAAACCAGCACUUGUGUUUUGUGCAACAAGAAAAGGAGUACAGCAGGCCGCUUCUGUUCUUGCAAAAGAUGCUAAAUUUCUAUUGCGUAUAGAACAGAAACAAAGAUUACAGAGAUCUGCAAAUUCACUGAAAGAUUCCAAAUUGAGAGAUCUUUUAAUAUAUGGUGUGGCUUAUCAUCAUGCGGGUAUGGAGCUCUCUGAUAGAAAAAUAAUUGAAGGAGCUUUUACUGUAGGAGAUUUACCAGUACUCUUUACUACUAGUACCUUAGCUAUGGGAGUCAAUCUACCUGCACACCUGGUGGUUAUAAAAUCCACAAUGCACUAUGUUGGAGGAAUGUUCCAGGAAUAUAGUGAAACUGAUAUUCUGCAAAUGAUUGGGAGAGCAGGAAGGCCUCAGUUUGACACUACAGCUACGGCAGUUAUCAUGACUCGUUUGAGUACAAGGGAGAAGUAUAUGCAGAUGUUAAGCGGUGCAGAUAUAAUAGAGAGCAGCUUGCACAGGCAUCUUGUUGAGCAUUUAAAUGCAGAAAUAGUGCUGCAUACCAUCACAGAUGUCACUGUAGCUUUGGAAUGGAUACGAUCAACAUUUUUAUACAUUAGAGCUUUAAAAAAUCCAACUCAUUAUGGUUUUUCGUCUGGAUUGGAUAAAGCUGGAAUUGAAGCAAAAUUACAAGAAUUGUGUUUGAAGAACUUAAAUGAUUUAUCGACUUUUGAUUUGAUCAGGAUGGAUAAAGCAAAUAAUUUCAAACCAACAGAGACUGGAAGAUUAAUGGCAUGGUAUUAUAUUGCAUUUGAUACAGUGAAACAGUUUUUCACAAUUAAAGGAACAGAGACUUUAAAUGAACUGGUUACAAUGAUCUCCAGCUGCACAGAAUUUCUAGAUGUCAAGUUAAGAACAAAUGAAAAGAAAAUAUUGAACACUCUGAAUAGAGAUAAGAACAAGAUAACUAUCAGGUUUCCAAUGGAAGGGAAGAUAAAAACAAGAGAAAUGAAAGUAAACUGUCUUAUUCAGGCUCAGCUGGGAUGCAUUCCUAUUCAAGACUUUACUUUGACACAAGAUACUGGCAAAAUAUUUAGAAAUGGCAUAAGAGUUACUAGAUGGUUAACUGAUUUUCUGGCUUCACGUAAAAACAACUUUUCUGCAUUAUUAAACUCUCUGAUUUUAGCCAAGUGUUUCAGGUGCAAACUUUGGGAAAAUUCACUUCAUGUAUCUAAACAGUUGGAAAAAAUUGGUGUAUCGCUGUCAAAUGCUAUGGUAAAUGCUGGGCUGACCUCAUUUAAAAAAAUAGAAGACACAAAUGCAAGAGAACUGGAAUUGAUUUUAAACAGACAUCCUCCUUUUGGAAACCAGAUAAAAGAAUCUGUGUUGCAUCUUCCAAAGUAUGAACUUGACAUUGAACAGCUUGCAAAAUACAGUGAUACAUUGGCUGAAAUCUUAGUAACCAUCAAAUUAACAAACUUUGAACAGCUACAGACAAAGAGAACUGCACCAGACUUUCACUAUGUGACAUUGGUCAUAGGAGAUGCUGAUAAUCAAGUCGUUUUUAAACAGAAAAUUAUGGAUUCUCUAUUGCUGAAAACUGGAAAUUGGACUAAGAAAAUUGAAGUGAAAAGACCUGUUAAAUCAGAGGACUUCAAUAUAAAUUUAAUUAGUUCUGAUUAUGUUGGCCUUGAUGUACAGCAAGCAUAUACAGCAUUUUACUUAGGACCGAAAACGCUGGGAAGUAAAGUGAUUAUAAAUCGGAAACUGAAAGCUGAUUCUUCACUUGAUACGUAUCAUGGCUCACCACAAAGACUGCCAGCAGCAAAAGUAAAUGCAGGAGGCAGAUCUAAACAAGAGAUUACCUGCAGGAACUAUGGAAACAGAGAAUGUAACCAUCACUGUAAAAAUAAAGAUGUAUGUGGACAUGACUGCUGUAAAACUGGAGUGCCUCCAAAGUCAGUGAUGAAGGGAGAUUCAGAGUUUUCUUUGUACCUAGCUGAUUUAAGGAGCAGGAACUCAAUUUCAUCUGUACCCCCAGUAAAACGAUUAAAGAUGCAGAUGUUAAAUCAGUCUCAAAAUGUGGAUCUCAAACAAUUUGUUUUUACACCCAAAUGUUUGAUGCCAGCAUUGCCAAGGUCUGACAAUAAACCGUUGUCAUCAUCACCUUCGAUGGAUCAAGAAGGUAAUGUUAAUAUCUUAGGAAGAUCUCCGAAACAACUGCAAUCCUGGAAUUACGGAAAGAGUAAUUUGUCUUGGAAGCAUUCAUUGUCUGUGAGUCAGAAGAGCCAAGAGACAAUGACAUCAAAAAAACCCCUUAAAGAAUCUUUAAUGCAUAACUUGACUGAUACAGAUAAAAGCAGAUCUUGGUUUUCAGAGGCUUUGAAUGUGAACUUUGAAUUGGGAAAUGAUGUUUGGGAUGAUUUUGAGGAUGAGAAAUUAGUAUCUGCUAGCAACUUUUCCAGUAGAGAUUUAGAUGAAUGUGAACCACUUUGCCAGUACGCAAGGAGCAAAGCCACAAGUGACAUUUCAAAAGAUUCUUGCACAUUACAAGAUGAGACCAAUGCCAAGUAUUCAAUUGUUUCUGUGUUUAAUGGCCCAUCAAAAGGGAAAUUGUCUGUACAGAGUGGAAAUAUAAAUAUGGUCAGUUUUCAAGAAAAAAAGCACUCAAAUCCUUCACAGGAGUUCAAAAACAUACAGUGUUCUUCAAGCUCAGAAAUAAUCUCAGACUCUUCUAAAUUCACUAGGAAAGGGGAUUUUUUUAUUUGCACAAGAGAACAAGAAAAAGAAAUGGAUCCCAGAUAUCUUCUUGAUGAUGAAACCAAUGAUGUCAAGCCCUUUCUUGGAAUAUUCGAUGACAUUUUCUAAAACAUAAAGUAUAUUAUAAGUGCUGAAAAAAAUUAUUGUCAUUUUUCCAGAGUGAAGCAUUCAAAUACAGUUAAGAGAAUUUGUUUUCUCUUGUGUGACUAUUUAUUAAGGGGAAGUUUGCUGCACAGAGUAGAUAAUAAUAAAAAUUGAUGUCUCAUUUAUGGAAUUCUAAUUAUACAAUCUCACUUUUAAAAGUAUUUAAGUCUUUGUUUGUUAACUUUGCUGUUUUCAGAAUUGCAGAAAAAAAAAUUGGAAUGUGCCAGUAAAGGAGAAUAGUUCUCAAACUAAGGGAUUUUUAUAGAUAAAGUAAAAUCACAUAAGAGAAAAUAAGCUUAUUUUUAAAUGAAUGAAAUGCUUUCCUUACAAAUUUCUUAAGCUUGUUUUUUAUUAUGUACAUCAGUUCUAAUGCUGAGUUUUUCAUAAUACUGAUUUUAUGUAAAAUAAUUAGAUUUACAAGUAAAAAUAAUAGAAUGGUCAGUUGUCCUAGGCUGUAUUUCUUUUGAUAGUGUUAUCAACUUUUUGAUGAAAAAAGUGUAACUUCCUUCAUGCAAAUGUGUUUCCAGACUCUAAGCAAAUCAGUUAGUUGUAAAAUGUCUAUAAACAGUAUUCUGAAGUUGUGCUUACCUGUUCACCUUGAUACCUGAGGUCAUAAAAUGGACAUUUAUGCAUCCCAAUACAGAUGGAGGCAACCAAGUAUUGGAUUUGGGUAUCUUUUUACAGCCUUGAUGUUUCAACAGUAGAGCUUGCAAGUGAAUGGGCAGAAAAAUAUAUAGUAGUGCCUAAAAUCCAUAUGAAGAGAAUGUUAAAUUUCACUGUUAAUUAUUAAAAAUGUGCCGCAUUAAAAAGUCAAAAACCACA